CAAGCUGUGGGACAGAAGGUGGAUUGUGGCAACGAGGUCAUAUCAGGAUCCACAAGAAGCCACCCAGCUGCUCAGUGCCUCCAGCCAAAGCCUUCCUCUGAAGAAGCCCUGCUGGGUCGAGUACAGAGAGAGCCAAGAGGAAUACGAUGCUGCCUGUGACCCAUGUGUUGGCCUUCUGUGCUUGGCUGGUGGCACAGAGCAAGGCUACACCAAGUGCCCCCAGAAUCUCCAUCUUCCUGAAGCCACCUGGGGUGAUCCCACCAGGAGGCUUCACCACCAUCUGCUGCAGCUGCCAGCAUGGCAAUGGGAACUUCAUACUGUACAAGGAUGGCUACCAGCUCCGUACCCUGGAGCAGAGUGGCUGCAGGGCCAAGUUUUCCAUCUCUAAUGCCACCUAUAAGGACAAAGGUACCUACAACUGCCAUUACCUGGAGGGAGGCACUGUGCUGGCUCGCAGCGAUGGCCUGGAUGUCAUGGUGACAGGGAUCCGUCUCCCUGGACCUGACUUCUCUGUCCUGCCUGGACGUGAGGUGACUGCAGGAACCGAUGUGAUAUUCCGUUGCACCACCACAUACCACAGUACUGGCUGUUUCCUGUACCUGGAGGGCCAGAUCCAAGCCCAAGUACUCUCAAGGGAACAAGAUGACUACAACUUCUCCCAUGUGCAGAAAGGUGAGGGGGGCCGCUACAGCUGCCAAUGUUUCACCAAGAAUGCUUCGAUAGAAUGGUCUGCUGUCAGCAAGACCCUGGAUUUGGUGGUGAGAGAUUACACGUUGUGCAACGCAGUGCGCCUGGCGCUGGGAGCCGGGCUGCUGGUCCUGCUGGGGCUCAUCACAGCUGAAGCCACGCGAAGCCGCUGCUGCCGGGGCGGGAGAGCCCACCCUCUCUCCCAGCAGGCAGCGCUCCCCUGAUUGCGACCAGUGGGGGGGCA